CAUCUGGUAACAGACGUUUUCCCAAUAUUUUAUCCAAAAGAAGGGUAACGUGAAUUGUUAUUAAGUCACUUUCUUCUGGGUGGCGUGUAACAUUUUAAGUAGACUUGUUUCUAACCGAGCUUGAUCUACUCGCUAACUAACUAGUCGGUUAACCGUCUCCUGCGGCUGUUUAACUUAAUGCCCCCCCCGGUGUGGAAACCGCAGAGUGAAGACUAAACUAAGAAUAGAGUCAUGUAACAUGUUCAACAGAAUUAAACGAACAGUCAUUGUUAACAGGUGCAUCUAGCUAGCUACUUCAGACGAAUCCGUAGUUAACGUUAACGUGAUAUUAGCUAGCUAAUGUUACGGUGGGUGAGGUUAACGUUAGGCGAGGCAGGGAGGGCAGUGUGCUGCCGUUAUUUAGGCUAACUAACCCUAGCUAGCUAUUUUAGGGGUUCUGACCUAAACCAGCUACAUUCCCAGUUGACGUUAGUUUUAAAAGAUAAUUUAAGUGUGAAAGGCGUGUGACCAGAAGUUUUAACAGUUGGGUUGACAGCAGUCCCUGGUUUCUUUGGUGGUCUGGCUAACGUUAGCGGCGCAGAAAAGUAAUGCGUUUUAUACUGUAACGUUAUAUGAUCAGGACUAGGUAGGUAAAUGUAGCAUAUGUUUUAGCUAGCUCAUCCUAAAAAAUAGUUUUGUCUUGAGAAACAACUGUCACAUCACGUGUAUCUUCUAGUUCGAUUUCUAAGUUUGACAGACGAGAGUUUAACCGAUGCACUUUUAAUGUGAAGCGGUGAUGCUCCGGCGGAAGGGCGGAUGCUGCUAGCUGCUUGUAGCUCGACCAGAGACCGGACAGAGGGAGGACAUAGUGGAUUCCGUUGGGAAGAAGUAGAUGAUUCGCCAGGCGGUUCUCUGGGGAUCUUUCUCGGUUGUGCUUGCAGGUUAGCGGUGUCGCCUCUGGGAUGAGUCCACCGAGCCUCCACGUCUCUGUGGAUUUAAAUUAGCCUGGAAUAUGAGCAGAAGAAGAAGAUAAGCAGCAGCAGCAGCAGCAGCAGCGGCGGCUGGCUUCCUGCGGGAUUUUGCCCAGGCUUUUUGUGUUCCCGUGGACAUGCCUGGUCUAUGGAGCUAAGCUAGCUGGCUGACAGUCCGGCUAGCGCAACAUUUCCAGGCGUUUGGAUGAUUGUUUAGCUGAAGGGCUGAUUUAUUUCGGGUCAGCGCUACACCCCCUGCCUGGGUAAGGAGUCAGCAUGGGGGAGCCCAGCCUGGACGACGCCAAUGUCAAGGUGGCUGUUCGUGUCCGGCCGAUGAACAGGAGAGAAAAGGAAUUAAACACUAAAUGUAUCGUCGAGAUGGCGAAGAACCAAACGAUCCUCCAUCCUGGCGGUGCUAACCUGGGCAAAGCAGACUCCAGGAGUCAGUCCAAGGUUUUUGCCUAUGAUUACUGUUUCUGGUCCAUGGAUGAGACGGAUAAGGAGAGAUUUGCCGGCCAGGAGGUGGUCUUCCAGUGCCUUGGGGAAAGUCUUCUCCGCAACGCCUUCCAGGGCUACAAUGCCUGUAUCUUUGCCUACGGACAAACUGGUUCGGGAAAGUCGUACACCAUGAUGGGUUCAGGGGACCAGCCAGGUCUGAUUCCCCGGCUGUGCAGUGCAUUGUUUGAUCGAACCCAGAAGGAACAGCGGGAGGAGGAGAGCUUCACUGUUGAGGUGUCCUACAUGGAGAUCUACAACGAGAAAGUCCGAGAUCUGCUCGACCCCAAAGGGGGAAGACAAACUCUGAGGGUGAGGGAACAUAAAGUUUUGGGUCCCUACGUGGAUGGCCUGUCUCGACUAGCUGUGGCUAGCUACAAGGACAUUGAGUCUCUGAUGUCAGAGGGAAAUAAGUCUCGGACUGUCGCUGCUACCAACAUGAAUGAGGAGAGCAGUCGAUCACACGCCGUCUUCAACAUCAUCCUCACACACACACUGAAAGACUUGCAGUCUGGGACGAGUGGGGAGAAGGUGAGUCGGUUGAGUCUGGUAGACUUGGCUGGAAGUGAGAGAGCGGCAAAGACUGGAGCAGCAGGGGAGCGACUCAAGGAGGGAAGCAACAUCAACAAGUCUCUCACUACGCUGGGCCUGGUGAUCUCGGCGCUAGCUGAACAGGGAUCAACAAAGAACAAGAACAAGUUUGUUCCCUACAGAGACUCUGUGCUGACAUGGCUGCUGAAGGACUGUCUGGGUGGCAACAGUCGCACAGCGAUGGUUGCAACUGUGAGUCCAUCAGCAGACAACUAUGAGGAGACUCUGUCAACGCUGCGCUAUGCUGACAGAGCAAAAAGCAUUGUUAACCAUGCCGUUGUUAACGAAGACCCCAAUGCUCGCAUCAUCAGGGAGCUCCGAGAGGAAGUAGAGAAACUACGAGUGCAACUGACUCAAGCAGAGUCUUUGAAGGCUCCAGAGCUGAAAGACCGUCUGGAAGAGUCAGAAAAGUUGAUCCAAGAGAUGACCAUCACCUGGGAGGAGAAGCUUCGAAAAACUGAGGAGAUUGCACAGGAGCGCCAGAAGCAGUUGGAGAGUCUGGGUAUUUCUCUCCAGUCUUCAGGGAUUAAAGUUGGAGAUGAUAAGAGUUUUCUUGUCAACCUCAACGCCGAUCCUGCCCUCAAUGAACUGCUGGUGUACUACCUGAAGGAACACACAAAGGUGGGCUCGGCAGACUCUCAGGACAUCCAGCUGUGUGGGAUGGGUAUCCAGGCAGAGCACUGUGUCAUCGACAUUAUGGCAGAUACUGCAGUCAUCCUCACCCCCUACCGCAAUGCUCGGACAUGUGUUAAUGGUUCUCCAGUGACCAGUGCUCUGCAGCUUCACCAUGGUGACCGAAUUUUCUGGGGAAACAACCACUUCUUCAGGAUCAACCUGCCUAAGCGGCGCUCUCGGGGGCCUGAGGAUGAAGAGGGUGAAGGUAGUGCGAUGAAGAACAGUGGCAGCAGUGAGCAGCUGGAUGCAGAUGGUGACACAGCCAGCGAAGUGUCCAGUGAAGUCAGCUUCUCCUAUGAGUUCGCUCAGACAGAGGUCAUGAUGAAGGCCCUGGGCAAUAAUGACCCCAUGCAAGCAGUCCUGCAAUCUCUGGAGAGGCAGCACGAAGAGGAGAAGCGCUCUGCUCUGGAGCGACAGAGACAAAUGUACGAGCAGGAACUCCAGCAGCUCCGCAAGAAGUUGAACCCGGAACGGCUGUCCACGGGCCCCUCUGGAGGGCCGGCGUCUGGCCAGCAAGGACCAGGACAACAGUCCCACUACCGCAGCCUGGAGAGACUCAGUGUGGGAGGGAUAAGUCAUUCAACCAGUGCUCAGAGCAGACUGAGGCAGUGGAAUGAGGACAGGGAGGUAGUGUUGGUUAGGAGUCUGCGACGGCUGAGGGAGCAGAUAGUGAGGGCAAACCUCCUGGUGCAAGAAGCCUGUUUCAUCUCUGAGGAGCUGGAGCGACACACAGAGUACAGAGUCACUCUGCAGAUUCCAUCGGACAACCUCAACGCAAACCGCAAGAGGGAUGCAGUACUCAGUGAACCAGCAAUUCAGGUUCGACGUCGGUGUCGAGGGAAGCAGAUCUGGAGUCUAGAGAAGAUGGAGAACCGUCUGGUUGACAUGAGAGAGCUGUACCAAGAGUGGCAGGACUACAACCUCCAUCACCAUGACAACCCUGUGAUGCGCUCAUAUUUCCGUCGAGCAGACCCGUUCUUCGACGAGCAGGAAAACCACAGUCUGAUCGGCGUUGCAAAUGUCUUCCUUUCCUGUCUCUUCUACGACGUCAAGCUGCAGUACGCUGUUCCCAUCAUCAAUCAGAAGGGGGAGGUGACAGGGCGUCUUCAUGUGGAGGUGGUGAGGGUUGGAGGGGGAUUAGAGGACAACAUGGCUGGAGGAGAUGAACCCGAUAACAACCAAGACACUGAAGUCCAGGAUCGCAAACUGGUCUGCAUGAUUAAGAUCCUGCAGGCCACCGGUCUUCCCCAGUACCUGUCCAACUUCGUCUUCUGUCAGUAUUCAUUCUGGGACCAGCCUGAGCCCGUCAUUGUGGCUCCUGAAGUAGACCCAUCGUCCUCGUCGCCCAGCACCAAGGACCCACACUGCAUGGUGGUGUUUGACAGCUGCAAGGAGGUGGCAGUGUCAGUAACAGAGGAUUUCAUUGAAUACCUGACUGAAGGGGCAGUUGUCAUCGAGGUAUAUGGACACAGACAGGCUGAUCCAGGAAGAAACCCCGCCCUGUGGGACCUCAGCAUUAUCCAGGCCAAAACACGCACACUACGAGACAGGUGGAGUGAGGUAACUCGUCGCCUGGAACUGUGGAUUCAAAUCCUGGAGAUAAAUGAGAAUGGAGACUUUGUCCCAGUGGAAGUGAUUCCUGCCAAAGAUGUGCGGACUGGGGGAAUCUUCCAGCUUCGGCAGGGUCAGUCAAGGCGAAUCCAGGUGGACGUGCGUUCAGUUCAGGACUCAGGCACCAUGCCUCUGAUAGCAGAAAUACUGCUUGCAGUGUCAGUGGGUUGUGUGGAGAUCAGAAACACCACAGCAAACCAGGAAGGAGAUGAGAUGGACAGUUAUCAGGAAAGAGACCUGGAGCGUUUGCGGCGGCAGUGGUUAGCUGCUCUCACCAAGAGACAGGAAUACCUUGAUCAGCACCUGCAGAGCCUGGUCAGCAAAGCAGAAAAGACAGAGGAUGACAUGGAGAGGGAGGCCCAGCUGCUGGAGUGGCGCUUGACUCUGACAGAGGAAAGAAAUGCUGUCAUGGUGCCCUCUGCUGGCAGCGGCAUUCCUGGAGCACCUGCUGAAUGGGUUCCUCUGCCCGGCAUGGAGACUCAUACUCCUGUCCUCUUCCUGAACCUCAAACCUGAUGACCUCAGCUCUCCAGACCAGUUUGAGGUUCCUGAGGCUGGAGGUUGGGAUGCCACCCUGAGUGGAGAGGAUGAGGACGACUUCUUUGACCUGCAGAUCGUCAAACACUACGAUGGAGAGGUGAAAGCAGAGGCAUCAUGGGACUCUACCGUCCAUGAGUGUCUCCAGCUCAGCCGUGGGGGGGCGUGGCCAGAGCAGCGGGUAUACCUGACAGUUCGAGUGGUGGUUCAGCUUAGCCACCCUGCUGACAUGCAGCUGGUCCUGAGAAAGAGGAUCUGUGUCAACGUUAACCAGGGCCGCCAGGGUUUUGCACACAACUUUCUUAGAAGGAUGUCAACCCGCAGCACCAUACCUGGCUGUGGGGUCACCUUUGAGGUGGUCUCCAACAUCCCCGGGGACGCGCCUGGUUCUGAGGACAGGGAGAUGCUGGCUAACCUCGCUGCCAGUGCACACAACGGCCAGUCAGCUGAUGACGAGGCUGCAAUUGAGAAAUACCUCCGCAGUGUCCUCAGUCUGGAGAACAUCCUGACUCUGGAUAGACUCAGACAGGAGGUGGCAGUGAAGGAGCAACUGACGGGCAGAGGGAAGAGCAACAGACGGAGCAUAAGUUCUCCUUCUGUCCACAGGCUGUCUGGAAGUAGACAAGACCUGUCAACAACCUGCCUGGAAGAUAAGGGUCGAUGGGAGAGUCAGCAGGAUAUCUUCAUGCCUUCUCAGUUUCACCGCACCCUCCCCCGGCCCGCCUCUUCCCCUUCCACCUACUCCACCUCCCCUUCUUCAUCCCCUACUCCCUUCGGCAUAACAUCCCCACAGAACCAGGAACCAGAGCAAGGUCGUUCAGGACUUGCUGCCUCUUAUCUUUCAGUUAAGGCCCUGGUUCCUCAGAUGCCCAAACUGCUCAAGUCUCUGUUUCCUGCGCGAGACGAGAAGAAGGAGCUGAGACCUUCGCCACACAACCAGCAGCAUGUCCCUCGCAUCGUGACAUCAGGAGGGGACGACAGUCGAGUCAAGGCUGAGACGACUGCUAUUCUCCGGCCCCCAACCAAAGACAGACGGGCAGAGUUCCCAGAAGUCCCUCCUCUUCCUGUGCAUGACCCGCAUGACAUCACCCCCCUCAGCCCCCUCAGCCAGUCAUCAAGCGGCUACUUCUCCAGUAGUGUUUCUACAGUUACCCUGUCUGACGUUCUCCAACCUUCCUCCUCGUUGUCCUCCCUCCUGGCCGCUGAGACUACGUUACCCACAAACCCCCAGCAGCAGGGUGCUGACAGGAACGAUGUUGUAACCUCUCCUUCUCAGUGUGGCGCCAAGAUGGCCAUCGUCGCUUCACCCGCUUCCCACAGCUCAGCCAAUCACAACAGCUUCACUGCAAACUCCUUCUCUGAACACAAGCUGGUCACCUCAGGAAGAGGAGGAGGAGGCGAUGGCUUUGAGAAGCUGGAGAUCUUUGUGGACGAUGAAGAGUGUAGCCACGACGACGUACUGCCUGACUGGCUGACAGAAGGGGCGUGUGUUACAGUAGGAAGCAAUAAGGCCGGGGCAGUGCGCUACGUGGGAAUGACGCAGUUUGCUGAUGGAGUGUGGGUGGGGGUGGAACUGGACACCCCUGUAGGCAAAAAUGACGGUUCCGUUGGAGGUCAUCGGUAUUUCCAAUGUAAACCGGGUUACGGGGUGCUGGUUCGCCCGGACCGGCUGUCCUGCCGUGAUCGGACCAGCCAGCGAACGGGAGACUUCACUGCUCCUGCCCAUGUCCCCGUCUUGCGAGGAGAAGCCAUUGUUGCCCGCCAGGGGGAGAAUCGCAAGUCCUGGAGCAGUUGAGACAGGGAAAGUAGGAGCUGGAUGGGAGAGAUGAACUCCCUACAGCCCUCCUCCUCGUCUCUUCCUCUCCUCCCAGCUAUGCAACAGGCUCAAACAUCCAAACUGAAAUACUGCCUACCCUCCCAUAGUUUGAAACUACACUCACUACAUCCAUUUACAAGUAAUGGAUGGAAGUAGAAUAAAGACAAUGAAGAGACCCUUUAGAACGAAUGCAAGUAAGUUCAUGAAAGACUAUGCAGAGUAUAUAGAAGUCUGUGGAAGGACUAUUUAUCAUGUGGGAAGAUAAUGCUAAAUGAAUUGCAGUCAAUAGGGAAAACUGCUGAGAGUGAAUGAAAGUCAUUGCAGACUUUGUCGUAUUUGGAGUGCUGGAGCUCUGCGGGGGGUGUGGAUUGGAUGCUGCAGACUGGAUGAUUUGUUCUCUGAGCUGAUAUACAGGGAUGCAACCAGUCACAUUUUAGGCAGGAGUCACUUUUUUUUUUUUUUUUUUAUCCCAGUUCACAUCAGAGAAUAUAUUUUUUAAACUUGGGAGGCAUUUUAGAGUGCAGAAAAAACACUUGUAGAAUGAAAAGCCUUCAUCUUUUUCUGGUUGGAUACUGGCUAUAAUUUGCAAUUCUUUUUAUUCUAUUCAUCAUUCAUAAUGGUAAGUUAUUAGUAGUUAUAGCUAUUAGAAAAUAUCAAAAUAUACACAUUCUUCGAGCUGAAAACUAUGUCUAAAUGAAUAAUAUUGAAUUGUCUUUAGUAUUUUUGGCAUUUAUUACCCUCCCUACACAUCUCACUAUAGUAUGUGCUCUGUGUUCUCGGUGAAUGAGGAGAUGAAAUGAUCCAAUUGAAUUUUUAGACGCAAUUUUGUUUUUUAUUUGGGGUAAGAGUGACCAAAAGCUCGAUGGAUGCCAUACUGUGUGUUUGCAUCCCUGGAUAUGAUGUCUCUACCUGGUAGUCCUGAGACUCUAUGUCCCAGAAUCCCCUGCUCUGGCUGCCACUCCCCUGAACUCUCUUGUCUACAGACACUUUGACUCCUUGUUUGAGACUCGUCUCCACCUCCUGGACUCCUUUUCUUUUGGAAAUUGAUCCUCCCAGAAUGUGCCUUCACCAUGGUUUGGUUUGGUUUGCAUUUGUUCUUCUGUAUAUUUAAUUUCUGUUCGCUGUGUUUGUGUUUUAAGAGAAUGCCUUGUGCUAAGUGUGAGGUGAUCUCAGGGACUGCAGAGGAGAAAGGACAAGGAGGUGUGUGUGUGUGUGUGUGUGUGUGUGUGUGUGUGUGUGUGUGUGUGUGGUACAGUGUUGUCCUGUGUGCACAACAUAAGUUCAUAUUGUCGUAGCCGUGUCGAUGUUGAAGACUAUAUGUGUUAAGCAGGAAAAGUUGUGUCCUUGCUGGACAAAGCCACUAUAGGAGCAAAUUGUUUGUACUGGGAGGCUUUAAAAGUCGAUUUUGCACUGGAGACAUUGGAUAAGAAGCAUCUGAUGCCAGCAGAACGUGUCUGUGGUCAUGGUGCCGCGAGCGAGACGGAGAGGUAGAUGAGUGUAAACAGUUUCCUCAAACCAACUACUAAUGUGGAAAUGGUUGUUGAUGUAGUUUUUUCCAUCUGAGUAGGCCAUUUGGAUGCCUGUUCUUGAAGCUAAUUUUGCUAGUUGUCCUCUGUGACUGACAUUAGUACUCUGGUGUUGGUGGGAAUAGGCAUGUGUAUGUGUUGAGGUAAAAGAAAGUGAGAAGCUCUGCUGGGUAUUUCCCACUUGAGAAUUGAUUUGCUUCUAUGCAUUUGAUCAGUUUUUUAAAUAUAGUUUUUAUCUUUUUAUUUCUAAAUGUCUGACACAAGUGGGAGAACCAGCUGUACGUUUUGGGAAAGUAUUAAACAAGAAAGCAGUUGUGACUGACUGAACAUUCCUGGCAUGUCUGCUGAAGAAAAAUGCAGGAUGAUGUGCCAGACCUUGGGAUUUUUAAAAAUCAGUUUUUUUAUUGAACAUCACAUUCCAGAGGGACUUUAACAUUUUACAGUGACCUUAUUCUUUGUGUAUUCAUUUGUGGAAAAGCAUUAGCAAUACAUCACAGCACUGUUUCAUAACUUAUAGACUUUCAUGUGCUUUGUGUAUAACAUAAAUUCAUGAAGAGUGUAAACAAAAUACACAAGUGCUCCCAAUACUUUUCCAUACUCAUUUUUACACAUGAUGUUUAGUUUACUCUUCAUAAGGAGUACUACUCAGCCUGUGAAAACACUUGUAUAAUGUCUUCCGUAGCUUUGGGGGAGCUUCAUAAAGUCUGACAAAAAAGCCCAGAUGAUGUCAUCAGGGUUACCCCUUUAAUAAACUGGAUUAAGGUCAGUGUAAAGUGUUUUGGUUUGAGUCCCGAGUUUAAGCAAUGCGGUCUCACCAAGUGAGCAGCGGGCAUGUGCUGGUAGGUUGGAUUGAUGAAGAAAAAGUACCGUAAUAUUUCAUCAUCAACACUCGGUAUACUUUAGUACCUUAUCUAAUUUACAGUGGCUAUAAGUUCUUAUCCUAGUGAUGGCAAACCUGAAUAUGCUAUUAUAUGCUGUUUCUAUGGUGACAUUUAUUUUAUCCAUGUAUAGUAGUCUACGCAGAGUUCUGAUGUGACGAUGCAUACAUAUGAUUAUGAAUACAUUAUCUGGAAUACCACGUGCAUGUAAACGCACUCAGUAUGUCCAAACUCUAUCAUCUUUAUGGAUACUAUUUUUUUCCAUUCCUUUUUUUAUCAUGAGUCUUCUUAAUUCGAGAGGCCUGAAUUUACUAUUUAUAUUUAAAAUGCUUGUACACAUGCAUUUAUCGCAUGGAAAUCGAUAAAAAGCCUUUUUAUUUUAAUAAAUAUUGCACAAAUGAUUCCAUGAAAAUUGCUGCUAUUAGCAUUGUAACUCUACCUGUAAAUGGAUCAAUUGAUUUAUCUAACACUCUGUAUCUCUUACUGUAUACUCCAUUGGAAUUGUUUUAUUUUAAUCUGAGAAGCUAUAGUCUGUGCUUUGGUUUAGUGGCCAAUAUAUUUUUAAUAUGAAGCAGUAAAAUUCUUAAAAAUGAGGCACUUUGUCAUGUGAGCCUUGAAGAUGAUGUGGAAGUAAAGGUUGGAAUUUUUUCUUGUUGGAAAUUCACUCCUGCGUGGAGUUUUGAAGAGGAAAUAUAAUGUUGGAGUUAGAGGAAAAGUAUGAGACGAGGAGACAAUAUAUCACCAUAGUCUAAUUAUUACCUAUGUAUUUAUUAUCUGGACCCUGGAGUCCUCUGGUUGGUUGGUUGGUUGGUUACUAUAGGUGGCUGUCUGGUAUGUUAUAAGUUGUGAAGUGGUUUGUAGGUACUCCUGUUUGGUCGUUUUAUGUAAUAUUGUGGUUCAUAAGAGUUAUGUGGUAAGGAAGGUGUGUGUGUGUGUGUGUGUGUGUGUGUGUGUGUGU